GAGGCUUGCCCGGCCUCUUUUCUUCCCACAUCCUCCCCGAUCCAGAGACACCCCCUUUCCUAUCAAUCAAUUUUCCCAAUAGCUUUCUUUUCCCUGAAAGUCUCCCCAAUCCAUACCCCAACCGGACGGCAGAAGCUGCAUAUCAAGCUUCCCGUCUAUAUCAAAUUUCUAAGCAACAUCCGAUUGUUUACACGAUACCCCCCCCCCCCUUUUUUAUACCCAUUGAUUUUUGUCUCACGCCCACGAAACGUGACCCCCAAUACCCAAUACCCUAUACCCAAUACCUCAAGCCAACGGUAAACCGAAAAAAAAGCCCCACCAUCCACUUGGGUAGCCAUCUGCAGCUCCCCGAGACCCGAAGUAGACCUGCAUGGAGGAUAAUAAAGACGCCCCUACGGUCGUCGCUGUCGAACUUCUCCCCGACCAGGCACAGGCUGAGGUCCCACAAGUAUGAGUGAUCCAAGAGGUGUCCAGUACUGUCCUGUCCGGACGAACAUUAAUUGGUCCGAGGUGCAGUUCGCCGACUUCAACAAGGUCGAGGUCGCCCGGUUCUCCGAUGUCAAGUACUUCGAGCCGUCAGAUUCCGAGGAGGAGGAGGACGAAGCAGAGGACGGAGAAGAUGCCGAAGAGCAGGACGAGGAUGGCGAGGAAGAUGCCGGUAAGUCCGGGGCCGACGUAAAAGGCGAGGGAGCGGUAGCAUCCCCGUCGACGUCGUCGCCCCCGGCCACGCCGACAAAGGACGCCAAGAAGGCGAAGAAGGCGGCCAAGAAGGCGGCUGCCAAGAAGGCUGCCAAGCUGGAGAAGGCCGCGGAGGCGGAGACCGCCGCCGCCGCCGCCGCUGAGAAGGAGGAAGAAACCCCGUCCAAGGACCAGGAUGCCUCGCCCGGCAAGAAGAAGGGCAAGGGCAAGGGCAAGAAAGACAAGAAGGGCAGCAAGGGCAAGAACGCAAAGAAGUCCGAGCCGGCCGUCGUCGCCAAGUCGGCCGAGGAGCAGAAAUCAUCCCCUGCCGCCACCGCCGCCGCUCCCGCAGAGGAGGCCGCGGCCGAGUUGAAGGAGGCAGUCCCAGAAGCAGCACCCCCCGCGCCCGCGGAAGAGCCGGCAAAACCCGAGGAGCCGGCCCCGGCAGUGGAGGCGGAGGAGGCAAGCGAGGACGCUCCUACUCCCCCGGCGCAGGCAGCCGAGGAGCCAUCGAAGCCCGAGGAAGCUACCGAGGCAGCAGCGCCUGCCUCUUCCGAAGAGGAGCAGGUCCCGCCCGCCGCCGCCGCCGCCGUGGCCGCAACCGAGGUUGCGCAGGAGGAGGAGGCGAGCAGCGAGCCAGCACCCAAGGCAGAGGAGGCGGAGGAGGAGACCGCGAAACCAGAGGAGGUUGCGCAGCCUGUGGAAGCCGGCGAGCCGGUGGAUCCUGCUGCUGAGGAGACGAGCGCGCCAGACGCGAUCGCGGAAACCGAGGUGGUGGAGGUGGAGGCGGAGGUGGCAGAAGCACCGCCCGCUGCUGCUGCGGAGGAGGCGGCGGAACCCGAGAAAGCCGACGAGCCGGCGGCCGCUGUCGCUGAGGAGACUAGCCCGGCUGCCGAAGUCGAGGUUGCGGAGGCCAAGGAGGAGGACGCCUCGGCGCCUGCUCCGGAGGAAGCUCCCGCUGCUGAAAACGACGAGCCUGCGGCGCCUGCCACUGUUGAAAGUGGAGAGGCCGAGGGCGAGGCGGAUGAGGCGGCGGUGGUCGAGGCGGAGGAGCCAAAGGUAAGUGAGGAGGAGGUAGGUGCUGAGGCUACCAGCGCGGAGGUGCAGGGCGAAGACGCCCCAGCCGCUGAGCAGGGGACCGAUGUGGAGGAGCAGGCCGAGGGCACCGCAGCCGCCGAAGAGGAAGCCGUUGAGGCUAAGGCGGAGGACGCACCGCCCGUCGACAAAGACGAACCUGCCACAGCAGAGCCAGGCGAUGAUGACAAGGCUGGCGGGGAAGCCGAAGCCGCGAAAGAGCCCGCCACGGACGCACCCGCCGAGGAGGCCGCGCCCGAGGCUGCCGCAGAGGUCGUCGAGGAGGCCAAGGUCGAGGAGGACUCGACUGCGCCAACCGAAACCGAAGCCGGGAAGGACGAGACCGCCGGCGAGCCGGCUGCUGCUGCUGCUGUUGUCGAGAGUGGCGAAACCGCAGAGGAGGAGAGCCCCGCCGGGGAAGCCGCGGACGACCUGCCGCCCACUAAUGAUGACUCCGUCGGGGUCAAGGGCGAGGAGGCGGCCGUGGUGGAGGCUGGCGAGGGUGCUCCUCCUGCUGAGGUAGAGGAGAAGGCUGCAGUUUCUGAAGAGAAACAAGAUGAGGGUGCUGAGACCGCUGCCGUCAAGGUCGAGGAGAGCACACCCGCUCAAACUGACAAGGAGGAGGAGCCCGCAGUCGAACACACAGCCACCGAAGAUCAACCCAGUGGCGAGGAGGCACCUCUAGCUACUGAGUCUGCGCCUGCGGAGGACGCGGCUGUCACCGAGACACUGGAAGAAGAGGCUAAGGAAGCCGAGAGCGUAGACAAGCCAGAACAGGACACAGAGGCAGACGAGGCUGCUGCUGCGACGGAAAGCGCCCCUGGCGAGACUGGUGCAGUUGAGGCAAGCGAGACUGUGGAAUCCAAGGAGUCCCAGGACCAGAGCACGCCGGACGACGGUGCCAGUCAACCUGCAAAGGGAGAUGAAGUUGCGGAACCCCUCGUUGAGUCCCGCGAGAUUGCUGACGAACCGAGCGGCGAUGCCCAGGAGAGCCAAGACGAAGAACCUGCCGCAGACGCGGAGAAGUCAGAGGCUCAGGAAGUGGCUGAACAAAGCGAUGAACCAGCUGCUCCCGUUGCUGAGGCAGCUGCGAGUGGGGACGAUCAAGAGCCAGCCAAACAAGAGGAUUCUUCCGCUGUUGAUGAGGCAGGCCCCAGCGCCGACGCCGAGGCGUCACCGGCGGACCCCGAAGAGGCCGCACCGGCGCCAAGCACCAAGACUGGAGCCGACGUCGAGGCAAGCAAUGAGGCCGAACCUCAGUCAACAGACGUCGCCGAGCCUGAAACCUCUGCUACUGAGGAGGCGGAGGCGGAGGCUGAUCCGGCACCCGAGCCCGCACCGGAGCUAUCCGAAGUGACGGAUGCUCAGGAGGCUGACGACCUUCCGGCGGAGACCCAAGCAGAGGCCCAAACAGAAGACGCCGAGCCUGCUGCGGAAAUAGUGGCCAAGACGGUUGAAGAAGACGCCGAAGCUGAGCCUAGCGACGCCGCCAAGGCAGACGCAGAAGCCCAAACCCCGGACCCGGUCGAGGCAAAGAAAGAAGAACAGGAGGCCGACGAGGCAGCCGCGCCCACGACAGACGACGCAGAGGCUCCUCCCACGGAGGCAAAAUCGGAAGAGCAGCCCGCCGCAAAAGAUGACGAACCCGCGGAGGAAGCCCCUGCUUCUCAGGAGGCCGUGGAGGAGCCAAGCUCCGCCGAAGCAGAAGCCGCGGACCAGCCACCGACAGCCGAGGAGGCCCCAGCCGAAGCGGCUGACACGGCCGCGGCAGAACAGCCCGCCCCCACCGAUAAGAAGUCCGCCCCUACGGCCCCCGCCGAAGAGCCGGAAUCUGCCACCGAGACAACCAAGCCAGAUGGCCAGGAGGAGCAGGCGGCAGCCGAAGACGCACCCGCACCAGAAGAAGUUGCGGUCGAGGCGCCAGCCGUCGGUGAGGCGGAAGGCGAGCAGAAGCCGGCUGCCGAUGAAGCUGCCGCGGUCGUUGUGGAAGAGGAGCAGAAAGAGCCUGCCGACGGUGAGCCCGCUGUUGCUGCUGCGGGCGGCGAAACAUCGGUUGAGGCCGUAGCCGAAGCCGCCGCCGCUGACGAUGCUCCUGCCGAAAAGAGCAAUGAGGCUGUUGUCGAGGAUAAGAAGGAUGAGGUCGUUGAAGAAACCAAGGACGAGCCUGCUGAGGAUGCCAAGGACGAGCCCGCCGAUGAAGUUAAACAGGAGCCCGUCGAGGAAGCCAAGGACGAGCCUGCUGAGGAGGCUAAGGACGAAUCUACCGAGGCUGCCGAAGUCGUGCCCGUGGAAGAUGCCAAGGAUGAGGCGCCUGAAGAAACAAAGGACGCACCUGUCGAGAGCCAAGUCGAGGCUGCCGCAGAAAUUAAGGAGGAGGCUGUCGAAGAAGACAAGGACCAGCCGGCUGAGGCUGGCGAAGAUGAGCCUGUCGCGGAAGCCAAGGAUGAACCUGCGGAGGAGGCCAAGGAGGAAGCUGCCGAUGCAGCCAAGGAUGAGGCUGCUGAUGAGUCUAAAGAUGAACCUGUCGAGGAGGCCAAAGAUGAGGUGGUCGAGGAGGCCAAAGAAGAUGUGGUCGAGAGCAAGGACCUUCCCGCCGAGACCGAGGCCGUGGCUGCGGAGGCCGAGACUGGAGCCGGCGAACAGCCCAAGUCAGAGCCCGCCGACGAUCAACCCGAGGCCGAUGCCGCGGGAGGCGACGUUGAAGAGCCGUCGGUCGAGGAGAGCCAAGACAAGCCCGCUGAGGAGGCGCCUCCCACUGAGCAGGUUGCCGACGACAAGGAGGACGGGCCGGCUAUUGCGGACAACGCUGAAGAGGCCGCUGUUGAGGAGAGCAAGGAGGAACCUGCUGCUGAAGAAAAUAAGGAGCAGCUUGUUGUCGAAGACGCGAAGGAUGAGCCUGUCGUUGAGGAAAGCAAGGACGAGCCCGUGGUCGACGAAAGCGAGGAUGAGGCUGCCGUCGAAGAAACCAAGGAAGAACCUUCUACCGAGGAAAGCAAAGAUGAGCCUACUGUUGAGGAGGCGAAGGUAGAAGACGCUGCUGAGGAGGCCAAGGAAGAACCAGCUGUCGAAAACAAGGAGGAGCCUCCUGUGGAAGAGACCAAAGAAGAACCCGCGACCGAAGAGGCCAAAGAAGAGCCAGCCGCCGAGAGCAAGGAUGAGGAAGUCAGCGACGACGACGCCAACACGGACAAGGAGAUGCCAACCAUCGAGGAGGAAAGCCAAGAGCAACCGGCUGCAAACGACGGGACCGAGGAAGGUGCUAAAGCAUCUACAGGUGAGGAACACCCAGCGUUGCUUGAUACCCCAGGGGACGAUGUGCGGGAGGUUUCGGCCGGCAUUUCAGGACCAACCGACGGGGACUUGCGAGACGUGGAUACGGCGCCAGACCAUACUACCACCGAUCUCUCUGGUGUGAUUGUGGAAGAUGCUGUUCCAGAUGAGCCACAACAAGACAGCGAGAUCACCACCGCUGCCAACGAGGUCGGUGACUCGGCAGCGGACGAGCCUGCAGCUCUCGAAUCUCAACCCACCGAACUUGAACAACCUCAAGAGCCCACAGCUGAGGAUGACGGCCAAGUACCUGCUGAAUGUGUUGCACGAGCAGAAACAGAAGAGCCCUUGCCAGAAGUAGAGGCCGUCUCAGAAAUCAGCGAUGCUGCAACACCGGAACCCCCAACGGAACACCCAUCUCCGGACGCAGAGCCGGGGAAGAUCAGUGAAUCCCCGGCCUCCGUUGAGGAGGCUGUCCAUGUUGAUCAAGUUGAGCGAGAGGUCGAGCCCGCAGUAACGGCCGAGGAAGACAGCACAAGUCCAGAGGAUCAGGUUGUGGAGGCAACGACGUCAGCACUUGAUUCCCCAGUAACCCUCGAGGCAGAGGCUCCGGCUGAUGUCGCCGGCAACGCAAAUGGUGACGACCUCGGCCCUUCGAGUGAUCCUGCACACCAAGAGGCGACGGGCGGCGAAGUUGACGUUACCACGAGACCCAAAGAAGACGAUGUGGAAGAGCCGUCGACUCAAACAGAAGAUGGUUUGGAAGAAUAUGUUGGUGACCACGCUACUGGCGAGCCCUCGGAAGACCUUCCCACAGACCUAGUCUCCGACACUCUCGCCAUAGAACCCUCUGUUGCGCCGCAGGAGGACCAACCCCCGCACGAAGAUGGCCCAGAUGUCGAGUCGCCAGGGGCCUUGGCCCCUGCCGAGGAUUCAAAGCUCGAAUCAACGGAAACCGGUAGUCUACAGCCGGUGGUUGACGUGGCUGACUCCAAUGUUGAAGAGUCGAGCGUUCAAGAACCCCAAGAUGCUGCGGCGGCGGAAGAACUGCCACAAUCUACGGGAGAUACUCCAAUCCAGCAGGAACUCCCCGUCGAGGAUCAGAAUCCCGAAGUUGCGCAAGGCCCUGCUGAGGAAAUCCAAGGCGACACUGCCAGCACCGAAAGUGAAAACCCGAUCAGCGAGCCGCAACCAGAGGCUGUCCCCGCUGCCUCUAGCGACAGUGCAGAACUUGAGGUGCUGCCAGCCGCUACAUCUGAUGAGCAACCUCCCUUAGAAACAGUCACGGCUGCUGAGGAUUUUUCAACCACCGCUGAUGCCUCGCUGGAUGAACCUGUCCUUUCCGAGGAGGUCCAUGUGGAAGACCUGCCCGUCACAGACGCUGCUGCCUCGCAGGUUGAUGAGCCGACUGAGGAAAGCAUCCUGCCUAGUGAAACACAGGAAGGUCCUGAUGCCCAACCGGCUGCUGACCAGGAAGCUGCUGUCCCAUCACCAAAUGACGAUGCAGAAGAUUCAGUCCAACCGGAACCAGUGUCUGAGCAGCACACCGAUGACGAGAGCACCCACCAGGAUGCUCCAGACCUUCCUGUAGAGGCUGCCAUCAAGGAGGAGGAUGAUGGGGACUUGGCGCCUCUAAGCCACCAAGAGCCGACGGUCGAGGCACCGCAAGCGAUUGAGGCAUCCUCCGACAAAGAAGUGCAUGAUGUGCCUGAGGAAUCCUCCUCACCAGCUGACGACGUUCCCGCUGAAGCCACUGCUCUGGAAGCAACUGCCGAAUUGGAUAACAUCGAAAAGCCAACCACGGAAUCGGAGGACACUGAAAAGCUAUCGUUGGCGAUCCAAGAGAGCGAAGACGCCGGAGCUGCCACUACCUCCGAGGAGGCUCCCUCGAACGUCGAGACAGGUGCACCCAUCCAAAUCUCCGAGCCAGUUGUAGAUGAAACAAUCGUGCCGGCUGCUGAACCGGAGUCACCGAGCUUGGAACCACAAACCUCUCAGGAUGUAACACAAGACCACUCGGAUGACGUGGGGGCCUCAGUUCAAGCCGAAGAGGACGUUGUGCUUGCCGAAACACUCACAAGCGAAGCCCCUGCUGUCGAGACUAGCCCUGAAACUUCCCAGGAGCAGGGAGAAGACGAAUCUCCAGCUGUUGAUGGUCUCGCACAAUCCGAUCCUCACGCAUCAAGCUCUGCUACACAUCAAGAUAUUGAUGAGCAAACACCAGCGGGAGAGAGUGAAGCCUCCGAUCCCGUAACUGCAGCUGAUGCCUCACUUGCUCUGGAUACUUCCCUGGAGGCGCCAGCGAAUCCAGACGAAGCCGAGGAUAGCACUGGCGACAUUGCUCCCGACACUGCGGUCCUUGAUAUACAGGAGGCAGAGCUGAGCCAUUCGGCCGUCGUUGACGACGGCGAGCGCUCGUUGGAGAAGACCGAUACCCAGGAAGCUCUCGAUACUAGCGAAGCCACACUCCUCGAGGUGGUUGAGGACGAUGAACCUGCUCUGGACAGCGAUCGUGGUCUGAGUGACCAAGCUCCUGAACCACCCAAGUCGGCCGAAGUCGCAGAUGAUGCUGUCGCGGUAGAAAGCGAACCUGUCGCCAUCCAGGGCGCAGAGGACAUCGUCAAGGAGGACGGCGAAGCCAUUGACGACUAUGUCAUGGUCGAGCCAGACUCUGUGGCAGAAGCACCCAGCGAUGCAGAGGUUGUACCGUCAGCGUCUGUCGACAAUCUAGUGCUCGAAGCGGAGAAUGUCGAAUCAUCUAAGUCAACUGUCGAAGAAUCUGAGCCUGCUCCAGUUGAUGAUAGCUCCAAGAACGCGGAUCUCAACGAUCACCAGGUAAUCUCUAGCGAACAAUUACUGGCCGAACCCAGCCUGACGGAGGACGUUGCCGUCCCUGAAGUCCUAGCCCAGGCUUCAGGUGAUGAAACUCAAGAUGCGCCCACUGUCCAUGAUCAGCCAGCUUUCGAGUCAGAUCCAGCCUCUGGUGAAGUGGUCUCAACCGAUGAUAUUGCCGAGAGCCAUUUGGUUGCUCCCUCUCUUGAAUCGGAAGACAAAUCAGCUCCAGCACCGGAAGUUAUAGAAAUCGUGCAGGAAUCUCCGCAAGAAGCCGAUGGUCCAAGAGAAAUCGCAACUGAGUCGGACGACAAAGCCAAUGAGGGUGACAUCAAUGACCAACCCGCCGAAGACUCCGGCUUGAAUGCGGAAGCUCCAGCCGUUCCAACAGCCACCAGCGAGGAGGAUCAGCCGGUGGCCACCGAAACCACCUCUGAAGAACCAGCUAGCUCAGACACAGAUGGUCAAGCUAUCAUCCAGGACGAAGAGCCGGCCACCAUCCCCAAUUCUCGGGACCUGGCAGCGCCGGUUGUCGAGACGGAUGCUUUGGAAGCUCAGGAGCCAAGCGAUACUACUCCUCUCAAUAUUUCCGAGGAAGAGACUGCUGAGGCUGUCUUGGCAGAACCUGAAAGCGAUGCAACGGCUGAUGAGCUUAAGCCCGCACCGGACCAUGGCGAAGUCGAGGCGAUCCCCACUGCCAGCGAGGAGCAGGUCUCUGCUGGUGUCGAAGAACACGCGCCACGCGAAACCACUGCGGCUGAACCGACGGAAAGUGUUUCCGAGCCAGCGCAACUGGAGGUUCCUGCAGCUGAGGAGGAAAGCAAGCCCGAAACUCACCCUGCCGAAGAGAGCAUUGUCCUCGUCGAGGCCCCGGUUAUCUCACAGUCGGUCGCAGAGGCUGCUGGACCAGAAACCGUUGAUCUGGCUGGGAUCGUGGCAAACCGCGCCGUCACUGGGCCAAUCGCAGGGGAAGUUCCGGAAGAAGUCGAGAAAGGAGUGACGCAACCAUCCGCUGAGGAGGUUGUGCCAGAACCUAGUCCGGAAGCCGACCUGGGCGAUGCUGUGGCAUCGUUGUCUUCCAUCGCUCAGAGUCGUGGUAUUGUACCGUCUCCUGGAGAGUCCGCUGCUCCUACCAUACUCCAAGAACAGACCACGGUAGAGGAUACUCCAGCACCACACUCGCCAACAGCAGAGGUGCGAUCCCUAUCCUCUGCGGAUAUGGAGUACUCUCAAAUCGAGGACAACAUUCCGCUGUCGGAGUCGUUCCAUAAGAUCGAGAAAGAGCCCGUCACGAAGGACGAGGCCAUUGUGGUGGAGCAGGGAACCGCCGAGGAUCACUCAGAGAAGGGCACGACUACGGGACACUCCAGCCGGGAAUCAGCACCACCGACCUAUUCAGGGCUCCGACUCCUGCUGUGGUCAUCCCUGAUCUUGACGACCCUCUGGCUAAGCAGCUGAGCCGCGCCCGCAGCCUCCGGAAGCAGCGCAGGAACACGAU